CGCAGUGAGUCAGUGUCAUGACGCUGAUUUUGUUGUCUUAACCCAGUUACUGUACUGCCUUGUCUCAUCUGUGACAGCAAGCAGAUACAUGCAGCAGUUAUGUAGCUCAUAUAAGAAGGACUUUACCCCGUUGUGACCGGCUAACGUUGGCUGAUGUUACGGUCCUCUCCGGGCUCCUUCAGGACCGUUUGUGAAACUGCCGCACGUCCGUUAGUCAACCAGACAGCUAACUCAGCUAGCCACACGCUAGCAAACAAGCUGGUGUGAGUUUGCGAUGUGCCGCUGUUUGUUUUUCUGUCCCUCUCGUCUCGGAUAGCUUCCUAACCGAGCUACAUCUUGUGUAUGGUGUUAAGCAGAAAAACACACCGCUAUCACCACCUGAGGCUGCUGUAGUUGUCGUUGUCGUUGCUGUCAAGAUGUGGCAAAGUGUCGGACUCACACUGCUGGUCAUUGUGGCCACACUUGUCUGUGCGCUGCUCUUCAUGCUGUUCGGUUGGUAUGUAGUCUGGCAGCUCUUCUUGUCCAAGUUCAAGUUCCUGCGCGAGCUUGUCGGAGACGCUACCACACCGCAGGCUGAAACUCAACCGUCCGAAACCAAGAGCGAGCGCGCACCUAAUGCACCAACACGAAAUCGGCCCCGGACUGCACGCCAAAGAGUUGCCUUUCCAGAGAGCACUUCAUAGAUCAUCCAGGCACUUUUUCCUCCCACUGGCCCUGCGAUCUACACUACACAAGGAGCUCGUGGACACUCGGUAGUCACAGUCAGCCCUUCUUCUCUUCUUUUAUCUAACCGGGCAGAUCUCCUGGUUUCAAAGGGAAAAGCCAUUUACAGUACUGUCCAUUUCUGAAUACCACCUGUUCAUAUGUUUAAUAAUGUACAGUCGUAUGUAUGGAGCACUGACUCAUGGUCCUGCAAUAGUGACGGCCAUCUUUCACGAGUGGCCGAGCUGCUUCCUGCCACCUGUGUGGAGAAUGAAGAUGCUCCAUCACACGAAGAGAAACAACGUGUUAAUUCUCUUUAUGUACAUGUUCUGUAUUUUUAGCAAAGUAGGCAGAUAACUGUUAAAAACUAUAAGCUCGUCUACAUCAUUUCAACAAGAACAACUGAAGAUAAACGCAAAACUGAAACAGUGAUGUGUACAACUGACAACUUUUAUUAUCUUUAAAACAUAACAAAGUGCAAUGAAAGGAAUGUUUAUGCUGUCAUUUAGUUAUUUCUUGCACAGUAUAUGUAUUAUGGAAACUGUCUCACCCAGUAGAUAAUGCCCAAAGCUUCGUAAAAGGAAGAUGACGAAUGACAGGAACUCAUUCCAGUUGUGUACAAUGUGACACUUUUCUUGCAACUUCUCCUUCGACCUUUUUUAUAGACUUAUACUUGAAGAGUCAGGAGAACGUUUAAAGGAAACGACUGUUGUUAGCUCUCUGGUGUUCAGAAGCUGCUACACACAUCGUUAGCUGAUGUCCUGGAGCAACGAAACGAGGCUCCCCUGCUGCAGAAGACUUGCCCGAGAGGUGUCUGAACCCUCUUCCCCCCCCCCCCCGUGCCUCUGUCUGUACCAGUGCCUGUCUAGAUGGCAUCCACUGUUUGUUAAACGGCCUCUUAUCCUUUUUAUAAAGCCGGCGGUAGUUUGAAUUCCAUUACAAAUCAAAGCUGACCAGAGUCUAGUCAAUGUUUAUGUAAUACAGUCUCCCUCCAGGUUAAACUUAUGUAACUCUCGCACCUUUUUAUCAGCAGUGAUUUUUUUUUUUUUUUCUUCAGUGGAGCUGUAGCUUCAAAUAAAUAAUGCCAUAAAUAUGUUGAGCCCUGUCCUGUUUGCCUCAAGUGGAAAAGUUGCUGUUAUUGGGGGG